AUGUCUAACCAAAAAUCCAAAAAUAUCAUCUACGAAACUCUUAAAGCAUUGGGCCGCUCUACAAAAACCACGCCUUUAAAUGAAAGCAGUAGCACCGACUUUUUCGCUCAAGAAUACGAGCAAGAAGGUGACAUCUACUUAUCGGAGAGCUUUUUAAAAUUCUUUGGCGACUCUUUCGUAGAGGAAGAUAUUGAGGAAGCGAUUAAGCGUGUCCAAACAGAAAUUGAGAUUGCCAAACAAAAGAGUGAUGACUCCUCGUCUUCAAGUGGAUCGGAGGACGAAGAACGAGUGGAAAAGAUCGAAGUCAAGAAAUUUUUGAAUGUUUUGAGAAAGAUGAUUAAACGUUCUUGA